GUAAACUUUAUGAAAUUUACGAGUUGUAACUCGUAGGCUGCGAGGAGGAAGUUUCUGGAAUUGUUGCGUGAAUUUGAACAGGUUUUUACAGCCUGUGUGUGAAACGCUAUUUUAUUACUGGACCAUUACACGCGUAUAAAUAAUUUUCUUUCUAUUUAUGUAGAAUGGUUGUAGUAGACAUAUCCCCUAAAAAGGAUGAAGGUGUCUUAAAAGAAAUUAUCAAAGAAGGUGUUGGAGAUGAACUUCCAUCACCUGGCUGUAAUGUAAUAGUAGAUUACACUGGUUACUUCAUGGAUGGAACAAUAUUCGAUACAAGCAAAGACCGUAAUGGACACUUUAAAUUUAAACUCAAAGAGGGAUCUCUCAUCAAAGCUUGGGACAUUGGUGUGGCUACAAUGAAAAAAGGUGAAAUUGCAAUGCUGACGUGUGCUCCCAAAUAUGCAUAUGGGAAAAAUGGUAAUCCACCUGUAAUACCACCAAAUGCUACACUUAAAUUUGAGAUUGAAUUGAUCGAUUGGCAAGCAGAAGAUAUAAGCCCUGACAAUGAUGGAAGUAUUAAGAGAUACAAGAUUAUUGUAGGGAAAUAUGUUAACAGUCCAGAAGAAGGAGCUUUAGUAAAUAUUCAUUUAACGGGAAUGUACAAUAGUAAGGUAUUCGAAGAUAGAGAUGUUCAGUUCUCUCUUGGAGAAGGAGAGGAUUGUGGUGUUGUAAGUGGUGUGGAACAUGCCUUAACACUCUUUAAUACUGGAGAAAAAUCAAGACUGGAAAUUAAGAGUAAACAUGCUUUUAAAGAUAUAGGAAAACCAGAAUUUGACAUACCUCCGAAUGCAACUGUAGAAUAUAUAGUAGAAUUGAAAAGUUUUGAAAAAGGUGUCGAAAAUUGGUCUUUAAAUGAUAAUGAAAGAGUAGAGCAGUCAAAGAUUUUCAAAGACAAAGGAACCGCUUACUUCAAUGCAAACAAGUACAAUUUAGCUAUUAAAAUGUAUGAAAAGGCUGAAUUAUUUCUGAAAUGUGUAGCAGGUGAAGGAAAACUUGAAAAGGAUAAGCUUUUUUUGUCUACGUACUUAAACCUUGCUCUCUGCUACUUGAAACUAGAUCGGAAUGUUGAAGCAAAAGAUGCAUGUACCGAAGCUAUGAAGUUAAGUCCUCACAAUGAAAAAGCGCUAUUCAGGAGGGGACAAGCUUAUCUUAGGCUAGCAUCACCUGAAAUUGCAAUUAAAGAUUUUGAAGAGGUUUUGAAAAUACAACCAAAAAAUACAGCAGCUAUCAAACAAAUUGAAAUUUGUAAGAAUCUUAUUAAGAAACAAUUAGUAAAAGAGAAAAACUUAUAUGCAAAUAUGUUCGAAAAAUUUGCUCGAGAAGACAAACAGAAGGAGGAGAAAGAGAUGCAAGACCAACCGGAUGUAAUGAACGCGACCUUAGGUGAAUGGGGGCAGGAAGAACGAGCUGGAGGCAGAGAUGCAACUGCUUUCGAAAAGGAAAAUCCUAACAUACUUAUGCUCAAUGCUAAUGGUACUGGCGAAUUUCAGGAUAUGUGAAAAACUCUUUCCUUUCUUAUACUGCCCCUAUUUUUAAUUGUCUUUCGAAUCAUUAAUUUGAUAAAAACACAUAAAUACAUGUUGUCGAGUUUAUUAGUAUUCUUUAACAUGAUACAGCCUAGUCAUCAAAUUUCAUCAUUUACAUGAGUCGUGAAUUUUAAUGAAAAAGCUUUUAACUGCCUUGAUCAUAGUCAUGUGUCUUAUUAGCAGAAGUCAUUUAUAAUAAUACAAAUACAAUAAGAUUUGCUAAUAUUAUAAGUUUAUUUUAUACUCUUAAUUAGUGUAAUUGGUAAUAGCUUAAAAUGUAUAUUUAAAAAUUGUAAUACUUUUAUUAACGUUGCUACAUAUAAUUCAUUCCAUAUAAUUGUAAACAUAGCAUGACAAUUUAUUAAUUAUAAUACACAACUCUUGAAUAAGUGAUACCGUUUGAUUUACCUUUGUAUGAGUAAUACAAUAAAAAUAAUUAUUGUUGCAUACCAAG